AUGAAAUCGUAUUGCUCAAGUUUUCACGUUUUUCGUCAGCAAUUAUGUAAUAUACCAAAAAAGGGGAAAGUAUUGUUCCUCAAUUUGGAGUUGUCAAAACUGGAUACGCAGAUCCUCGGCACGUCAGCACCACCGACUUCCACGGCUCUGUCCUGCUCUAUUGACCUGCCCACAGAUGCUAUCUCAGAAGCCGUUUUGUCUCCGGACAAGGCAGGGUCGCUCCUCUCCGUGCAGUCAGCCCCUCCGGAGCAGAGGGAGCGGCCAGCAAGUCUGCUUCUGGAACUACCACUAGCAACGCAAGUGGGUGCGUACCUAUCAGCGAUGUCUCCGACGGAGCAAGAGGAGGACUCUCUCUUGACUCUCUCGUCGGUGACUGCGCGCCCUCUGCUGGCUGCCUCCAGGAAACUGCGGCCACCUCCCGACUCUUCUGCUGAGAGCCUGGCGCCUCCUGACGGCGGUUACGGCUGGGUAGUGGUCUUCGGAGCAUUCAUGGUACAGUUCUGGGUGGCUGGCUUGUUCAAGUCUUACGGAGUUCUGUAUGUGGAGAUAAUGGAGACGUUUCCAGACUCCUCGGAGUCGGUGGCGUCGUGGAUACCUGCUGCAUUGUCGACUUUGUGUUUGGCACUAGCACCACUUUCAUCAGCUCUCUGCGAGAAGUACUCCUGCCGUCUGGUGGUGUUCAUCGGAGGUCUGUUUUGCGCCACUGGACUAGCCUUAUCUUACUUCAGCACGGGCUUAUUGCAUUUGCUGUUAAGUUUUGGAGUCAUGACUGGAAUUGGUGGCGGAUUAUCCACUACACCUGGAAUUGUAAUAGUGUCCCAAUAUUUUGAUAAACACAGGGCUUUAGCUAACGGUAUAUGUGUGAGUGGGACUGCUGCAGGGAGCUUUGUUUUCCCGAUGCUGAUAGAGAAACUGGUUGACAUGUAUGGACUCCACGGGACUGUGCUGCUUUUGGGAGGUGGAAUGCUUCACGUCUGUGUAUCAGCGACCCUGUACCGUCCAGCUCCCGUCAGUUGCAACUCCUCAGGACUCGCAGACAGAACUCCAGCCACCACUACCACAACUGAACACACUACAUUGCUGCAUGACAUACAAGAAGAUCACGCUGCCAUCUUUUCGAAGAACGACUUCAAGGAUAACCGUCUCCAUAGCCUCUUUCACCCAGAGAACGAACUGACCCUCAACCAGAAGAACAUACAGAUGAGUGAAGAUUUGAAAAGAAAUAAUUUCCUGAAUGAAAUUCUGCAUCCUAAUUUAAUAGAGGUCAGUCGUCCGCCGAUGCAGUGCCAGCAUUCUGACUCGGAAGAUUCAGAAGGCUUGGAUGUUUUAGGAGUAGUAGGUAAGUGGAACACGAUAUGGAUUCUUCAGGAACAUCAGAAGUAUUAUCACUGUUUACCAAAAGAGGUGGUUCGUCUUCGUCUUCGGCCGACGAGGUCUUCGUCAAUAUUACAUUCGGUGGAAGACUUGUCUACUGACAGUACUUGCGUGUAUAAGGCCAGCAGACGGAAAAUUAGUCGAUCCUUGUACAUCCGUCCGCCACUCCCAACACGGCUUAUCCCCAACAAGCUAACAGAACCAAUAACAAUCAAGCAAGAGGAAGUGCAGAAAGAAGAAGAACCAGAGAAGAAACGGAGGGGAUGUAUUGCGAAGAUAUCGAGGUAUUUAGACGUGUCGUUACUGAAAUCCUGGCGUUUCGGUCUCCUGUGUGCUUCGGUGGCGCUGAUGUCUUGCGGUUCACCCUACGCGCUGUACUAUCUCCCAGCAUACACUGUAGCUGUAGGGCACAGUAAAUCAGCAGCCGGUCAUCUGGUGGCAAUCAGCGCCGUUUUGGAUCUAUGCGGUAGACUUGGCCUGGGUUACCUGUGUGACCUUCAUUUAUUUUGUAGAAGAAAGGCCUAUAUACUCAGUAUUUUGGUGGCCGGCUGUGCAGUGUUGGCGCUUCCAAGCUUGAGUUCAUGGUGGGCCUUAGCCAUUGCAUCAGGUGCUUACGGCUUAUGUCUAGGAUGUUGGUUCCUCCUGGUGCCUGUACUCCUGGCAGAUGCCUUUGGAACAGCUCGCAUUGCAUCAUCAUACGGUCUCGUUAGAAUGUUCCAGAGUCUGGCUGCUGUUUCCGUUCCACCUACUGCUGGUCUUCUUCGUGACGUGACCGGCGGUUACUCCUGGUGCUUCUACGGCAUGGGCUCGUGCAUGGUUUUAGGUUCGAUCCCAGUUAUAGCAUUUCAUUUGAGUACUAAAAACGAAGACUCCGACUCCUCAGUAGAUUGA